UCUGCGUGCAUUCAUUUGCCGCCUUCUCUCCCUGCGCAGCAGCGUGGCCGCACGAGGAGCAGCGCGUCUGGGAUGGCCGAGGAUUAGACACCGGGCACCCUUUGCCUCAGAAAGUCAUCAGGAGGAGGACAGGGGGGUGACUCUUGGGAACCUUAGCCCCAUCCCCACCCCACCCCCGGUUCCCCCAAUCUCCUUGCUUUUUCACCCAUUGAAAUAUUCUACUUAAGAGCUCCUGACGCACUUGUCAGCCUCCGUCCUUUUCCUCUUCUGACAAGAUUCCUGCCUUCAGUUGGGAUUAUUUGGGGCUGAAUGGGUGACCUCACUUCCCAUCCAUUCAUCCAUGCAUCCAUUUUAUGGAACCUUCCUCUUUUCCUCUCGGAGUUGUCAUGUCCAAAGAAGACUUGCCCCCUUACUGACUAACUGACUCGGGAAAGAGCUCCGGAGCAUUUUUUAAUAUUAUUCUUUUGGGAAUCCAGUUGAAGGCUGCAAAGCGAGGACAGGGAUGAAGAUGAGACCUCCCGGCCCUCUGCUGAUUCUGCUCUAUGUCACACUGUCAAAGUGUCUAAAGGUGGUCUCCAAGAGAGGCUCAGUGGACGGCUGCACAGACUGGUCAGUGGACUACCUGAAGUACCAGGUGCUGCAGGGCGAGCCGGUGCGGCUAAAGUGCGCCCUGUUUUAUGGCUACAUCCGUGCCAACUACACCCAGGCUCAGAGCGUCGGCCUCAGCCUCAUGUGGUACCGCAGCUCGGGCCUGGGCCACAGCGACUUCGAGGAGCCCAUCUCCUUCGACGGCGUGCGCAUGAGCAAGGAGGAGGACGCCAUCUGGUUCAGACCCGCCGACCUUCAGGACGUCGGACUCUACUCCUGCGUCUUACGGAAUUCUACUUAUUGCAUGAAGGUUUCCAUGUCGUUAAUCGUCGCAGAGAACGACACCAACAAGUGCUACAACUCCAACAUGCGACGGAUGGAGAAGGCUGAGCUCAGCAAGAGCAAAGACAUUGUGUGCCCUGACAUUGACGACUACAUUGAGUCCGGCAAAGAACCGGACAUUACCUGGUACAAGGAAUGUCAUCCGAAGCAGUGGCGUGCCAGCAUCAUCCAGAAGAAAGACAUUCUGUCUUUCCAGGAGGUGAAGGAAGACGACAUUGGAAAUUACACCUGCGAGGUCCAGUUUGCCGGCUUUAUGGUCAGGAGGACGACAGAACUCGCCGUGACCGCGCCUUUGACCGACAAGCCUCCCAAGAUCCUGUUCCCCUUGGAAAACAAGAUUAGCAACAUGGAGCUGCAGCUAGGAGGCGCACUGAACCUGACGUGCCGGGCGUUUUUCGGCUACAGCGGCGACGUCAUCCCUCUCAUCUACUGGAUGAAGGGAGACAAGUUCAUCGAAGACUUGGAUGAGGAGCGAGUGCAGGAGUCUGAAAUCAAGAUCGUCAAGGAGCACCUGGGCGAGCAGGAAGUCGCCAUUUCCCUUACCAUCGACUCAUUGGAGGAGGAGGAUCUGGGAAAUUAUUCCUGUUAUGUGGAGAAUGGCAACGGGCGUCGCCAGGCAACCAUCCAGCUCUUCAGGAAGGCAGAGCUCAUGUACACGGUCGAGCUGGCCGGAGGGCUCGGGGCCAUCUUGCUGCUGCUGAUCUUCCUCAUCUCGCUGUACAAAUGCUACCGGAUUGAGCUCAUGCUCUUCUACAGGAGGCACUUUGGCAGUGAGGACCUGGACGGAGAAAACAAGGACUAUGACGCCUACCUGUCCUACACCAAAGUGGACCCCGACCAGUGGAGUCAGGAGACCCGUGAGGAAGAACGCUUUGCCCUGGAGAUUCUCCCCGACGUGCUGGAGAAGCAUUACGGCUACAAACUCUUCAUCCCCGACCGGGACCUCAUUCCGACUGGAAGUCUCACCACUGAGCAUUACCAGGAUGACACGCGACUCUUUGGAGCUUACAUCGAGGACGUGGCGCGCUGCGUGGAUCAGAGCAAGCGGCUCAUCAUCGUCAUGACGCCCAACUACGUGGUGCGGCGCGGCUGGAGCAUCUUCGAGUUAGAAACCCGCCUGCGCAACAUGCUGGUCACCGGCGAGAUCAAGGUGAUCCUCAUCGAGUGCGCCGAGCUGCGCGGCAUCAUGAAUUACCAGGAAGUGGAGGCCCUCAAGCACACCAUCAAGACCCUGACCGUCAUCAAGUGGCGCGGCCCCAAGAGCAACAAGCUGCACUCCAAGUUCUGGAAGCAACUGCAGUACGAGAUGCCCUUCAGGCGCACCGAGCCCAUGCUGGGCCACGAGCCGGCGCUGGACGUCAGCGAGCAGGGCGCCUUCGGCGAGCUGCAGACCGUCUCCGCCAUCUCCAUGGCGGCGGCCACAUCCACCGCCAUGGCCACCGCCCACCCGGAGCUGCGCUCGUCCUUCCACAACUCCUACCACACCACCGUGAGGCAGAAACACUACUACCGCAGCUACGAGUUCGACCUGCCCGCGGGGGGCACCCUGCCGCCGCUCUCGUCGCUGGGGAGCCAGCACACCUACUGCAACAUCCCCCUGACGCUGCUCAACGGCCAGAGGCCGCCGGGGAAGAGCCGCGAGCACAGCCUGGAGGAGGCGCACGCCAACAACGCCAUGCUGCCCCUGCUGCCGCGCGAGACCAGCAUCUCCAGCGUCAUCUGGUAAACCCGCUCGCAAGCCGGGAGAGUCCACGCGGUCAAAGUCCUUUUUCGCUUUCUCCACGGGAGACGCCAGUUUCCCCCCCACUGAAAGGACCGACACUCUGUUUUGGGUCAUUUUCUACGUGGUGAUUUGUCAGCAUCCAAGGACACUCACGUAGAAGAACGUUCUGGUGCGCACACACUAACACACUCAUACACACGUAUGCACACACACACACAUGCACACACACAUGCAUCCAUCCACGCAAAAGGAAAACAGGGUCUUGUACAUAUACAGCAUCUGCAUUCAUUUGUAGCAUUCCUCUUCUGUUCUCUCAUUCACACGUCUGUUGCCUUCUCCAUCCUAGGAGUUUGCUUUAACUUCCAGAGGUGUAUAUUUUUAAUCACUGUUUUUUUUUUUUUUUGGUUUUGUUUUUACUAUUCAAUGCCCAUGUGCUUGUUCGAAAAGCCAGUUAUGCAGUGUACUCUUUCAUUUGAAAUAAUUGCAUUCUUUCUAGGUUUCCCUGGACAUUUUAACAGCUUCCAGGAGCUGUAAUGACAUUUUUUUUUUUUUAGGGGGGCGGGGGGUUUGACCUGUAAAGGGUGUAUCUACUUUUAAAAAAACGGUGUAUCA